GGGAGGAGGGGUGAGGCUCCGGUUUCAGCUCCUGACGCUCCUCUGGGAGGAAGCGGAGCCGCAGACUCAGACCAGCUCCGGAGCGCUGGCGCAGGAGGAUCAGAACCAAUCACGGAGGCGGACGGGCUCCUUCAAGCUGCUGCGGAACGAACAACACGGACCGAGCGGCACCGGGGACCAGUCUGCAGGAACCGAGCCGGAGCUCUUCUGAAAUAAGGAUUUUUUUUUUGAUCGUCGGGGCGGAGAACCAUGUCCAUUCUCCCGUCCUUCGGCUUCACGCAGGAGCAAGUGGCGUGCGUGUGCGAGGUCCUCCAGCAGGGAGGCAACCUGGAGCGACUGGGCCGCUUCCUUUGGUCGCUCCCCGCCUGCGACCACCUCCACAAGAACGAGAGCGUCCUGAAGGCCAAGGCGGUGGUGGCCUUCCACCGGGGGAACUUCAGGGAGCUGUACAAGAUCCUGGAGAGCCACCAGUUCUCCCCGCACAACCACCCCAAGCUGCAGCAGCUGUGGCUCAAGGCGCACUACGUGGAGGCGGAGAAGCUGCGGGGGCGACCGCUCGGAGCCGUGGGCAAGUACCGGGUGCGGAGGAAAUUCCCGCUGCCCAGGACCAUCUGGGACGGCGAGGAGACCAGCUACUGCUUCAAGGAGAAGUCCCGCGGCGUGCUGAGGGAGUGGUACACCCACAACCCGUACCCGUCCCCGCGGGAGAAGCGCGAGCUGGCCGAGGCCACCGGACUGACCACCACACAGGUCAGCAACUGGUUCAAGAACCGGCGGCAGCGGGACCGAGCAGCGGAGGCCAAAGAAAGGGAGAACAGCGAGAACAACAACUCGGGAGGAAACAAACAGAACCAGCUGUCCCCGCUGGACGGAGGAAAGUCUCUCAUGUCCAGUUCGGAGGACGAGUUUUCUCCGCCCAACAGUCCGGACCAGAACUCAGCGCUGCUGCUCCAAGGCAGCAUGGGCCACCCGGGGGCCGCCGCCUACGCCAUGCCGGGCCUGGGCGGCCCGCAGCCGGUGCACGGCCUGCACGGACACCCGCACCAGCUGCAGGACUCCUUGUUGGGACCUCUAACCUCCAGUCUCGUGGAUUUGGGCUCUUAAACGCCGCGACGACGCCGAGCACGUGUCCACAGACUCUGAGUAUGACGUAGUAGCUGGUGUUAUGACGUAGACAUCUUGGGUUUUAAACAAUCAACGCGCUUACACACGAACUUCGUGAGACUCGAACUGGACUAUUAAUUUAUGAUAUUUUGUUAAACUGGAGGAACGGUCUAGAUUUUAGUUACAAUAAAGUGACGU